GUAGAUGAGUGUAAGACAGGACAGCAUAACUGCCACGAUGAUGCGUACUGCACCAACACCAAGCGUUCCUUCACUUGUACUUGUAAGCCAGGAUAUACUGGGGAUGGUGUUAACUGUGCAGGUAGCAAACCAUACGAAGCUUAAACUAACAGGAUUUCAUCUUUAGUUUUAUGCUAUUCCAUACUAUAAAGAUUAGAGCCAAUCAGAAAGCUGGAAACCGGUUUCAUAUUUAGUCAAUGGUAUGUCACAGAUCGGUAGUUUCUACCUGUUGUGGACGGGUUCAAUCACAAAAUGACGUAAUACAAAAGAUUAAAAAGACACUGUACAAUAUCUACACCACAUAACAAUAGCUAACCAACAAAUGGUUUCCCCAUCACCAAGAAACACCCCACAGGUCGUAUCCAUGAAAAAUGUCUGGUGUUAGUUGCAGCCUUCAGAUUCCCCGUAGCCUGCGAACAGGCUCACAUAUGCGAUUUCGAGGGAAAUUUGGGCGUGCACAUUUCCAAGCCCUUUUAUUCUCGCCGGCUUUGUCUGCUCGAGCCGCCAAAAUUUUCCUUUUCGCGGGCUAAAUUCCCCCAGCGAAAGCUUUCCAAGUGUGCAACAUCUAAAUUGGUUUAUCAUUUGUAUUUUUUAGUUAUUUGGCAUUCAAUCUAACUUCCUUUUUUGUUUUGUCCACUACAAAAGUUUAUCAUUCUAUAAAAAUAUGAAAUAUAUCUAUCCUCAUUGGAUAGAAUCGACACAAAAAUCGAACCUGAUUGAUAAUUCAGCAUUAACUCUUGAUUUGCAGACAUAAAGGAGUGUGAGACUGGAAACCACCAAUGUGACCCCGAUACUUCAGUGUGCGAUAACACUAAAGGAUCUUACAAGUGUGUCUGCAUGUCGGGUUUUUCCAAAAGUGGACAUGAACAUAAAUGUACAGGUAAAUAUACCACCGAGCACUUCAAGAUAUCAAUUGAAAUGGAUACUUUAAAGAUGUCUUCUUCUUUUGUCGAAUUUAAGUGGGGUGAAUCAGGUUGAAAUGAUAAAAGCAUCGUCAAAAUAGGAACUUAUACGGCAUAUUAUGAUGCUUAACAGAUCUACAGUUUGAUAAUUCAGCAUUAAUUCUUAAUUUUCAGAUAUAAACGAGUGUGAGACAGGAAAACACAACUGUAACGCCACCAGUUCAUUGUGCCAAAACACUAAAGGAUCAUUUAAGUGUGUUUGCAGGGAAGGGUAUUCCAGAAGUGGACCUGAACAGAAUUGUACAGGUAAAUAUACUACCGAGCACUUCAAGAUAUGUUAAUUGAAAUGGGUACUUAAAUAUAUCUUCUUAUUUUCAAUUUUCCUUUUCGCGAGCUAAAUUCCCCCAGCGAAAGCUUUCCAGGUGUGCAACAUGUAAAUUGGUUUACCAUUUGUAUUUUUUAGUUAUUUGGCAUUCAAUCUAACUUCCUUUUUUGUUCAAAAAUUUAUCAUUCUUUUGACUAUAAAAAUAUGAUAUAUAUCUAUCCUCAUUGGAUAGAAUCGACACAAAAAUCGAACAAAGCCUGUUGACAAUUCAGCAUUAACUCUUGAUUUGCAGACAUAAACGAGUGUGAGACUGGAAACAACCAAUGUGACCCCGAUACUUCAGUGUGCGAUAACACUAAAGGAUCUUACAAGUGUGUCUGCAUGUCGGGUUUUUCCAAAAGUGGACAUGAACAUAAAUGUACAGGUAAGUAUACCACCGAGCACUUCAAGAUAUCAAUUGAUCUGCAGUUUGAUAAUCCAGCGUUAAUUCUUAAUUUUCAGACAUAAACGAGUGCGAGACAGGAAAACACAACUGUAACGCCACCAGUUCAUUGUGUCAAAACACUCAAGGAUCAUUUAGGUGUGUUUGCAGGGAAGGGUAUUCCGAAAGUGUACCUGAACAUAAUUGUACAGGUAAAUAUACUACCGAGCACUUCAAGAUAUCUUAAUUGAAAUCAGUACAUAUAAAUAUAUCUUCUCCUUUUCAGGCACGGGUUUACGUGAAUCAGGUUUAACAGAAAUUGUGUAAUUCAUCAAAAACUCUCGUUUUCUUUUCUUAGUUUGUCCAUUUUUGUUCUUUUGCUUUGCUUUGAAAAUAGAGAUUGAAUUAAAGAGAUCGGAACUAACUACUUGAAGAGCGCAAAAUAGAGCGACGCACUCGCUCGAGGGCCAUGCGCACCGUCCUUCUUGACCUGGAAUGAAUGACAGAAUGACGCAUUGUCGAUGUUUUUUUUUUUUUUUUUACAGUGUCAACUUGCAAGGACAUUUAUGACACGACUUUGUGAGUACAGCAUACGUGAUUACUAUGGCGUUAACAACAUUUUUUACUACUUUUUUCUGUGUCGUUACAGCACACAACUCUUCUCAUAUCAUAGUAGGUACCAGUUUCUUCAGGUUUGGACUUUAGACAAGGGCUUUCUUUGCGUACAAUGUAACCACAUCCCCCCCAAAUUAACUGUUUAAGCUUCGUCAUGUGGAGCACUAUGUCAGUUAGUGUUAUCUGGAAAAGGUGACUGCAAUUGUUUUUACUAAGAGCAAAAUCUCCCAAGUUUGAGCUUUAAUUACAUAUUGCGGACAACUGAGAUCUCGGAAAAAUGAAAUUAUGGCUUUAAUACACAUAGAGGAAAUCUUGCUAGGACCAGUGUCAAUACCAAAUUUUAAAAGAAAUUUAUCGAACACUUUCGCAGUUGUUAUCGCGUUUAUAGAAGUAUGACACCACUUUUAUGAAAAAUUAAAGAUUGGAAUAAAUUACUGAUAAAUCUGAGAAAGGUUUAAGUAUCCGAAUUGUUAGAAAGGAAUACGAAGAGCGUUAAUUUGCUAAUUAAAAGAAUUUUAUAAUUCUAAUUAAAUAGACUUUGAACUUUUGAGUAAUCAAGGCAAUAGAGUGAUGAAAUAUGUUGUAUAAUUCAUUUUUACCGUGCAUAUUUCUUAAUCAUAUAAAUUAUUAUAUAUAUGUUAAUCAGUAUUAUUCUAAGCUGUUUAAAUUUGAGGGCCACAAGUUCAUCCGUUUGACACUCUUGCUGUCACUUGUUACCUUCUAACGUAAAUCCAGUUGUCAUCUUAUCUUACUGUGCAAUAAACAAUCAAGAAGGCAACACUAUUCAGGCUGUGUUAAUUAUAUUUUGCCAUGUCACCUAGUGCCGUAAAAUUUAACUGUAGCAGCAAAGGUUUCCAAAUUUUUCUAUAGAUAUUAUUUAAGUGUUUUGAAGUCAUAAUAAGACAAGAUGUUCUUCACUUCAACCUUUUUCAGGGGCCACAAGUUCAAAUUUCCAUCACUUCGGCUAGUGUUAUGUUUGUAGCUGUCUGUCUAUUAGUUUUCAAUAAAGUGUUUCUAUUUUUAAGGUUGACAUGCCUCUGAGACAAAUUUUGUUGUCUCAUCUUCACACCCUAAAGAAUGGGUUUGCCGGAAAUGUAUUGGUAGCUUUCUACCUUUCUACACACAUUAUCUAUCGACAUAGGAUGAUGAAUGCUGGUGCAACAGCAGUACCAUGAAUAAUGAUGUGCACCUACAAGCAUUAAUUGAAAAGAGCAUGCAACUACAAAUCAUGCAAUCAUAUAAAUACCCGGAGCAUGAUAUCGACAUACGAUGGGCUGAUGACGGUGGCCCAGAAGGCUCAAAUACGAGCAAAAAAGAAACCGCAAAUAAAAAAAAAUAAAACGCAAUAAAAAAAGGAAAACGCAAAUGAAAAAAAGGAAAUGCAAAUAGAAAAGGUAAGCGCAAAUAAGACGAAAACUUAAAACAAACACGCAAAAAAAAAGCACAACACAAACAAAUAAAACAUACAAAUAUAUUAGAAAGGCGGAAGUAAAAAGCAAAACGGAAGUAAACAGGAAACGCAAAGAGCCUGAGUUCUCGUAAGCCGCCAUGUUUAGUGCUUUUGAUACAGUUGCAAUGGACAGCAAAGAAGUAAGGCAAUUAAUUGAACUCUAUUUUCACCAUGGAUGUCAAAACCAAGUUGUUGUUGAUUUCCUUAAUAAUCGACAUGCAGUCACAAUGAGUCCUUCAACUUUGAAACGACGGCUUUGUGACUACCGCCGGCCUCAGCAGAAGUAGCGUGGACGUUAGCGAUCACGAUGUUAGGGAAAUCGUGCAAAGGGAAAUGUCUGGUCCUGGCGAACUUCGUGGUUACAGAGUAGUGUGGCACUAGGUAAGAUUGAAUCAUCACAUCCAUGUUCCAAGAGAAAGGGCUGCCAACAUUCUUCGUGAGCUAAAUCCAGCUGGAACAAGAGAGAGAAGUCUGACACAGAAGGGUACAGUGAAAAAUCCUUUGGUUGGAAGUUGAAAGGUCAAAUAACAGGCCUGAGGUCCCUUCAAUGUGUAAAAGAAAAUGCUGGUUGUCCACGCCUUGGGAGAAUUGAUCGUGGAACUUCGGCAGUGUGUACAGUUACGUCAGACAAGAAGGCAAAGGUCUCGCUGAUCUCUGCACAUUUCUUCUACCACCGGCAGGGAGAAGUGAGAAAAAAAUUCACUAGUGCUCAUUUCUUAAUUCUCAGGACUUGUCUUUUGCAUUUAUAAUUAUAUUGUAAUGAUAAAUUUGAAGCAGAUCGCACGCUUGGUAAAUAAGGCAUAUUUAGAAUAAUAAAAUAACUCAGGAGGAAGAAAAAGGGCGAUAUACUAUGACUUUACUAUGCCCCGUUUUAAGACGGUAAAAUACGGGAAACUCUCUCUGAAAUAUCUGGGACCUUUCUUGUGGUCUAGGCUAACAAAGGAAGAAAGUGACAAGAACAGCUUGGGAGUUUUUAAACGUUGUAUAAAGAAAAGAUAUAGCAAAUUUAAUUUCAGAUGGCGGAUGUAAAAACUGUCUUUUUUGCAAUAGUUGAAUUAAUCACUUGUGCUGCUUUAGUUUAAUUAUUAUUGAUCGAUAUAAUUGUUAUAUGUUAUGGGGGCAACCAGUAUCUUUGUAAGUACCUUUGUAUCACCUUUACAUCUUAUUGUACAAACUUAUUUUAUUAUAAGCAAAACUAAAAUGUGACUUUCUAAUUUGGGAUAAUUCAGAAAAGUAUUGGUAUUUGACGCUGAAAAAGUUUGUGUUUCUGAAAGGUUUUCGCUAAUUAGAAGGAGAAAAAAAAGUGUUUAGUUGUGUCCACAAGAAACAACACAUCCAAUUUUCCAAUUCCAUGAAAUUGCGCAAUUUCAUGUGAAAGAGAUCGUACACCCAUUGCCCUUUCUUUCUUGGAGAGAUUCAGAAUUUCUGAUCCGCCGGCCCACAGCUUAACAGAACAAAACAGUAAUCUAUUUUUAAUCCCAGAAGGAGUCAGAAUUUCUGAUCCCCCAUCAUGGCAAAGGACAAAAACGGCUAUCUGUUCAUAGUUAUGAAAGUAUUCAGAAUUUCUGAUCCCCCGGCCCAUAGCUUGACAUAACAAAACAGUAAUCUAUUUUUAAUUCCACAAGGAUUCAGAAUUUCUGAUCCCCCAUCACGGCAAGGGACAAAAAUGGAUAUCUGUCCAUGGUCGUCAAAGUAUUCAGAAUUUCUGAUCCCCCGGCCCAUAGCUUAACAGAACAAAACAGUAAUCUAUUUUUAAUUCCACAAGGAUUCAGAAUUUCUGAUCCCCCAUCACGGCAAGGGACAAAAAUGGAUAUCUGUCCAUGGUCGUCACAGUAUUCAGAAUUUCUGAUCCCCCAUCACGGCAAGGGACAAAAAUCUAUCUGUUCAUGCUUGUCAAAGUAUUCAGAAUUUCUGAUCCCCCAAGCAACUUAAAAGAGAAACAGCAUUAAAUCACAUCAUACAUCACCUUAUUUAACCUCGGAUUUUCGGUAGUGUAGCUCUUGAAGCUAACAUCUCCGAAGAUAGAAGAAAACAAAUAAUAAACAAUAGUAAUAAUAAUCCUAAAAGAGAAGAAAUAGAAAAUAGAAGAAAACAAAAAAUAAUAGGAAAUACAGAACUAUAAGAAAAAUAAUUUAACUGGUUGAUUACUUGUAUUAUUAUAUUUAUUCAAACGAAAUUUGCCGCACUUUGAAUUUGUAGCGAUUUAUUCUGUACAAAGUGCCAAGAUUCAUGUAUCUAUCUGGGAAAUGAAAGGAGGUACAUAUACAAUGACUCUCGCCAAGAUUCAGGUCAGAGGAAUAUUUCGUAUACGAGAUAUCCGAAGAAAUGUUUAACCCAAACUUAUAGAGAUUUGUAUGGAGACGCCAUGCUGGUGCUCACCUGGAUGAGCUUCAACAUGGCGGAUGGAAACCAACAGAAACAUCUGUUACCGAGUUUUGCUACAAAAGCGUGAAUAUAUUCGUCGAGAAACUCAUAAACAUUAAAGUAGUACUUUUUCUAAUACAUGAACGGUUUAAAUAGCAAAAUUUCCUGAAAUAAGUCAUUUUUUUAACCUACGUGACCGCUCUCUUGGCUGUCAUGAAAAUGCCGCCUCACCGGCAAAAGCUUAGAAAUUCAAGCGUACUCUAUCACAAAACCAAGAACCCUUUUGAGGCGAAAAUUUGUAUGAAAAUUAAUUUUCAGCUGCUCGAAAGCAUCGUGAAAGUAUAAUCCCGGUAGGAUCGAUAUUUUUUUAGUUUGAAUUUUUGUGACGUCAUGUGAAAACCAACAAUAGAAGUAUGACACCACUUUUAUGAAAAAUUAAAGAUUGGAAUAAAUUACUGAUAAAUCUGAGAAAGGUCCAACCGUCAGAAUUGUUAAAAAGGAAUACGAAGAGCGUUAAUUUGCUAAUUAAAAGAGUUUUCUAAUUCUAAUUAAAUAGACUUCCCACUGGUUAUUCUGAAGCUACCUUUGUAUUAGUAAUUUUUGCGAAGGGAGGGCGCAGCAAAUAAAGGCGGCUUCCAGUGCUAUCACCAUGGAAAAGGCGCACGUGCCUAAACUCUGCAAGUAAGUACGAAGGCGCUAUUCCGUGAAGACACUUAUGAACUAAGACGCAUUUGAGAUAAUUUCUGCGUGCUUGUAGGCUGGGCCAGCCAAGUGUUGAUUUUAACUCCUCAGCCCCGAUAGAUCGACCUUCAAACUUGCGGCGCGUCUAUUUAGCUUGUCUAGAUAAGCUUUGCUCCCAACCCCACAGCUGUCCCAGACAGGCGAACAGUAAUCAAAGAAUGGCAAGACUAUAGUAUUUGAGAGCAUUUGACAAGUUGGCUUGGAAAGAACUUUACGCGCUCGACGCAGAAUACCUAAUCUAUGGUCCUUCCAAGAUAAGGUGUUGUUUAGGACCCCAAGAUAUUUAAGCUUGUUAACUCUUUCUUAACGAGUGUUACUGAUUUCUAGUACUCCUCUGAUGAGUACCAACAAGCAUAAUCUUCAUUUUUUCAAGAUUAUGUAUUAGAAAAUUAGCUUGAAGCCAGCUUAGGACGUAAGUUAGGCCACUAGUUAACUGAGCUUGAAUUUCACUGACCGACUUGCUUGCAAAAUAGACAAGUGUAUCGUCAGCAUAAAGCUCGACGCUACAACCUUGAACCGCCAGAGGUAAGUCAUUUAUGUAGACGAUAAAUAAUAAAGGGCCAAGUACGCUAUCCUGGGGGACCCCGAAAGAUAUAGUCUGGGGCUCAGACACGACCCCAUUAGUGCAAACACUUUGGGUGCGCACAGCUAAGUAGGACCUAAACCAUUGGACAGCAGAGCGAUUCAUUCCUGGUGAAGUUAACUCUGAUCCAACAUGAUGCUAUGAUCUAAGGUGUCAAAGGCCUUGCUUAGGUCUAAAAAUAUAAGUCCAGUUAAUAGUCCUUUGUCAAUGUUUUCCAGCAAACUGUUUGUCACGUGUGAUGCAGAGUCAAUGCGCUUGUCAUCCGUUUCACUCCAAGAUACCAGGUUAUUAGGUACGAAAAACAGUUCAGGGACGAUUUCACUCAACUUCAUUUGAAGUCGUUUAUGCUUGAAUUAGAGGAUCCUAACGAACAAGUAAUCGCGUUCAAUACUCUUAUUUCGGACUGUUUAGAGUGAAAUGUACCCUUAAAGCGUGUGAGCGUGACAAGACCACCUGCGCUCUGGUUGAAUGAUCCGAACAUUCGAACGCUGCAGGAGGCAUGCAAGCGUUAUCGUAGGGAAGCACAUAUACCCCCUCACAGUGACGCUGCGUGGGACAUCUUCAAAGACGCCCGUAACAAUCUUAAGAAACUGAUUGGGAAAGCAAAGAGAAGGUUUAUGACCAAUGCACUCUCGUAUAAGCGGCACAAGGAAGUAUGGAAGACGAUCCAUCGCAUACUUCACCCUAGCCAGCAACCAAUAACUGUUUAUUCGGAUAAUAAGCACUUUACUUCUGCAGCUGAGCGUGUCGAUGCCUCAGUGGCAGUUGAUAAGGAGGAGUUGCAUAGGCGUAUUAAUGCGCUUGCGCAGGAUCCUGAUACUUCCUUUCGUCUGAAGAGUGUUACCUAUCAUGAAGUUAUUGGGGAGAGCAAAGCGCUGCGGCCCGACUGCUCUACUGGUCCGGAUAACAUUCCAACCAAAUUCAUCAAGCUAGUUUCAGACCAUUUAGCAUCGCCUUUAACGCAUAUCUUAAACACGUGCAUUUCGAAACUGGACUUUCCAACUCUUUGGAAGGUUGCACGCAUUAGUCCCAUUCCGAAGGUGGGCGAACCCCAGGCAAAUGACGAUUUUCGCCCUGUUUUCAUUUCGCCUGUGUUAUCAAAGGUUAAUGAAAGACUGUCUUGACGACAAAUGGUGGAUUUUCUCACGGAAACUGCGCGGCCUCAGCCAAAUGUAAGUGCAUACCGCAAAGGACACUCAACUACAACUACUUUGCUUGCAAUAAGAGAUGAUAUCCCCAAGGCAAUGAACAGAGGUGAGGUCACCAUUGCAAUUAUGGAAGACUUUUCUAAAGCUUUUGAUACAGUUGUGUGUGAGACAUUUCUGUGUAAAUUGCGUAAGCUAGGGUUUUCCAAGUCCUCUCUACAUUAGAUUCUGAGUUAUUUGACUGAUCGAACGCAGUACGUCCAAAUCGGUGAUCUCUGGUCGGAGCGCAUAAAUGUGUCUUGGGGUAUUCAACCUUUAUGUCAACGACUUGACUGACGUACACCCAACCGAAGUAAAUUGCCAUCAAUAUGCGAAAGAUAUAACGAUUUAUAGUCACUCUAAACCAUCUGAGCUUCUGUGGGUUGUCGGGCGGAGAUGCAGGCUGUCUACCUGGUCAUUCCGAUGUAACCUGGCGCUCCAUCCUAAGAAGACUAAAGUAAUGCCGCUUCUUUCAACUCCCCACGUGUCACAAACUCAUGGACUAGACGGACACUGCAUCCAUCUCUGCGCAAAUGGAAAGAGUCUCAAGCGAGUUUUAACUUUCCGCCUACUUGGUGCGGAAGUGCAGGAAAACGUCAACUGGAAAAGAGAGAGAAACUCCAAGAUCUCAAGUUGUUACGGAACCUUGUCUGUACUGAAGAAGCUGAAAUACCUUGACCCGUAUAAUGAAAAAAAAAACAGAAAACACUUGGCAGAGUGUCUUAUUUUGUCAAAUUAUAAUGACAUUGUCAGUGAUACUAUAGCAGAUUAUCUUGUUAAGAGACUUCAUCGAGUAUAGUUAGCGGCUGCUAAGCUGUCUACCUGGUCAUCCCGAUGUAACUAUGUGACUAGACGGACACUCCAUCAAUCUCUGCGCAAAUGGAAAGGGUUUCGAGCGAGUUUCAACGUUCCGCUUAGCGGUUGCUAGUUUUGUUUUAGGACGCUACGCAACCAAGCUUGGUUUGCUUUAUUAAUUACGUUCAUACACUCCCGUGGUUCCCUCGAAAACCAUACCCGAUUCCAGACCAAAAUGGGCAAAGUCUAUACCCAGUUUCAACCCAAAACGGCCCAAAAACCCUACGGCGUCCAGGAUCGAUCUUGUUAGCAAAAAUUUACUAGCAAAUUGUUUUCGCAAUUGUCGCAAAAGAAAUGAUUGAGCAGAAAAUUAUCUGAAAUAAUCACUUACAAAUAUCGCAAAAAUCGCAAGAAUAACAAAUGUAACAAAAUUUAAGACUUAGAAAGAGACCAAGCCAAGAAGGGCCCCGAAAAGUCCGCAAAUGCAAGAAAAAUUGGUUUAAAAAAUUUGUUUUGUUUUUUGUAGGCCCAUGUGGGUUAGUUUUGUCUAAUUCUAAAGUGGAUAAGGUGACUCCGCUGUUUUUUAUUAAAACAAUCAAUAAGGGCUGCAGAGUUGCUAGCUAGGAAAUGCGGUGCUCUUCCGAUUAAAUUGUAUUUAUUCGAGAGAGCGCUCUUUGAUUUUUCGACUUUAUUAGAGGGCGGCGCUCUUUCAAGAAACUUCGGUUUUCAGUUCAUAUGAGGGCCUUAUUUCACGUGUGGUUCAUCUGCAUUACAUUUGGAAACCUUUACGUUUGUGGUCAAUUAUCAUAUUUCUGGCUUUAACGGCCUAACUAACCGUUUUACUGCUUUCGAGCGGGUGCAUAUAAUUCUUUUUCAGGCGGCAACACCCGACUAUUACCUACCUAUUACCUAUUGUUUUAUUAUACAAUUUAUACAUGCCACAUAUUUUAAUUGUAUAUACAUUAUUAUUAUUAUUUCUUAUUUGAAAAUAAUUUUUAUUUUUGUGUCCCCAAUUAGUUGUGAAAACUAAAUACAUUGACACAUUAAUAAAGCUUUUACUUACUUACUUACUCAAAUAAUCCUCGCUGCAUUCGGCUGGUGCUACUUUUGUAACCGUGCGUUUGCCGAGGUAUAUCAAUUGUUCAUUAAGUUUUUUUUUGUUGUAAGGUCGACAUUGCUCCAUACCAAAUGUUAGUUUUGUCCAGGACGUACGAAAGAUUGUCAUAUUCUUUGUUUAUAUUUAUUCUUUUUAUGUCUCUAAAUCCAAUCGUUUUUUGCAUCUGAUUGAAUAUGAGGACGGUCACUUACUAAAACAUGCAGAGAAAACAAAUCUUGCUUGAUUUCAUGCAGUGCCUCAAAAAUGUCAUUAUAUAAAUAUCUGUUUACUAGGAAGCGUGAAAACAAAGCCUACUUACUGAAUGUGGAGUCCAAGCAAAUUCCUGUGUACUGUCAGAUGGAAGCUGCUGAGCUUGGAGCAUGCGGAGGA